AUGAAAGACACCCUCUCCAGACUAUACGUUUACGUCAUACGCUUUCUCCAUUUGUGCGUCCGCUGGUACAGCAGAAGCUCGCUCGGUCGCUUUUUCCCCGGGCUCAAACACCCGUUCAAGCUCGACUAUGAAGAUCUAGUCGAACGGAUCAAGGCAUGCUCCGUUGCCAUCGAGAAUCUCGCAAAUGCAGGAUUGCGAGUUGAAGUUCGUGACAUCAGCACGAUACAGGCAAUACAUCACUCCGAGCCUAUGGACGUCAACAGCAAAAUCCUCAACAAGAAAAUUCAAUGA